UUGCAAGAUACCCAAGCUUUUUCUUGGUCUAACGUUUGUUGGUUAGCAUGCUCAUCCUGUUUUCUCACUUAUAAGUGUGUCAAAGAGGGAAAGCCCAGUUUCUGGAACAGCCUUAGGCGACUCACAGUGGAGAAACUGGCUUUAGCCAGACAUUUUGGCUCAGAGGAACAGAGUCUCCUGGGGUCUGCAGGCGGUCUAUCAUCCUCCACCAGUCUGCUGUCCUCCAUACCCUCAGGACAGCCGCACUCGCUGCCCAGGUAUCAGUCCACCGGUAGAUGUAACCUGUGCUGCCAAACCGCCCAUCUCUCGGGAGGAGGUCUGAACCUCUCAGCUCCGGCCGUUUAUGACUCUGUGAUUAUGGAGAACUGUGCAGAUGGUGUCGAAACCCUAGUCGAAGAUCAACACCAUACAUGCACAGCUUGCAACACCUCAUCUCUAGCAUACCCGUGUUCAUGCUGCCCACCUGGAUGUGGCCUCCAUUCCCAGACAGCCCCCUCCAGCCCUCUGCUUCAACGGCACCACUCCAUAGAUGCCACCCGCUCUCAUCCAGCUCUGGUGUUCACAAAGCAAAACAGCCUGGAUGAGCUGAGGUCAACCAUCCAUACCGUUGCCAGUAGUAUGGACCAGAGCACCAGUGACGCUCGAGAUCUCAGGCAGAAGAUGGUAGAGGCAACUGAGAGAAUGACAGACAGUGUAGAGGAAAACGCCCAGGCAUUGAGUCUGUUGGUGGAAGUGGUGGACAAACUGCAGGGUCUUAUUAUUGCUAGCAAAUCUCCAGGAGUGACUUUCUAGAUCCCAACACAUCUCAAAAAUGGCAAGUGUGCCCAACUUGCCUGGCCAGCCGAUUGCGCCAGCCAAGAAAUCUUUCAGCAACACUCCUCAUGUCUCAUCCUCCAUCUCAUCGUCUUCAUCUUCAACCACAUCAUUGUUUUCCUCCUCUUCUUUAAGCUGUAACAUGGAUUUUUCUCAUGUAGCACCACAGUGCAACUCAUGCAAGUCUUCAUCAUGCCAGACCAGAAACCGGUCUGUAACACCAGGAAGUAAAACUGGACAGACUUCCCUAUCAAACAGUUUGACGACCUCCACUCCUAACGGUGACUGUAAUACAAUACUGUGCCUCUCUAGCAAGAAGAAAAAGUCGAAGAUGAGGAAAUAAGAGUGACUGUGUUCCCACUUCUCUCUCCUCACUUUACUCUUUGCUGAAAUUGCUUGUUUUGACUUUACCGAAUGCUGUGAUGUUGUUCACUACAAUGGAACUACACUACAAACAGGGGGUAACUAUUAGGAAGAAUGAAAGAACGGGGAACAUCUUUAUUGCAAGGGUGAUACAUGGAGGACUGGCAGAUCGCAGUGGACUUCUUCAUCCUGGCGACAAGCUGGUGGAAGUGAAUGGACAGAAAGUGCGGGGACUGCAGCCCGAGCGCGUCAUUCAGACGCUGGUACAAUCUCAGGGAAAUAUUCUUUUUAAAGUGAUCCCUAAUUCACCACAACCUGCCAACAGCCAACCAGCCCUAUAUAUGAGAGCCAUGGUGGAUUACAGUCCUCUGCAAGACCCUGCGAUCCCCUGCCCAGAUGCAGGCAUGGCUUUCAGUAAAGGUGACUUGCUGGAGAUUGUAGACCAGAGGGACAUCCGAUGGUGGCAGGCCAGGAAACUCCACAGUGCCUCAUUGUGUUGUGGCCUCAUACCCUCCACUAACCAAUUCAGAUAUAAGCAAAGAGAGUUAUGGUGGUCCCAACCUUAUCAAGCUCACACCUGCAUCAGACCCUUGAGCGCAGCAGAUAUGGGAGAAGAGGAGAUAAUGGAUGAGAACACAUGCAUUGAAACAGAUGAAGAAGAUUUUGAGUUCGGGUCAGAGGAGGGUGAGAAUGGUGAACACAUGCAGGGAUUAUAUAUAGUGGGGUUCCGAUACAGUCUGCGCGUGUGGAGGAGGAAAUCAUACAGCAAACGAAAGCCGUCAUGUUAUUCCUGUGGGGUCAGCAGCUGCUAUAACACCUCAGCCACCAUUUGUGAAGAGGUGCUCCACUACCAGCGCCACAUAGACGAUCCCCCCCGUCUCAUUGUGCUCAUUGGUCCAUCAGGAGUUGGUGUAAACGAACUACGCAGGAGGCUAAUCAAAAUCAACCCUAAUACGUACCAGGGACCAAUAUCUUACACAACAAGGUCCCAAAAAAUGGGUGAAAAGAAUGGGCGGGAAUAUAACUUUGUGACCAAAGAAGUGUUUGCGUACAUGGUGGUUAAUCACAAAUUUCUUGAGUAUGGAGAGCAUAAUGGACACAUGUACGGCACCAGCUUAGACUCAGUCAAAGAUGUUUUGGACAAUGGAAAAAUAUGUGUUAUUGACCUUGAACCUCAUUGCAUUCAUUCAGUCAGAACCAAAACGCUGAAGCCCUACAUCAUAUUUGUGCGGCCCCCGUCCCCAGCACGCAUGAGACAAACAAGAAAAGACCCACAUUUUCUUGCCAAUAGCUACAUUAAGAGAUGCUUUCAUGAUAAAGACUUUGAGGAGAUUGAGGAAGCAAGCAGGACCAUGGAAGCCAAGCAUCGUCAGUACUUUGACUGUGUGAUUGUGAACGAUGACCUGCAAGAUUCAUGCAUGGAUCUGUUCACGGCUAUACAACAUGCUCAAGAAGAACCACAGUGGAUUCCUGCCAGCUGGUUUGCUCCUGAUCAUCUAUGACAGACAGACAUGCAUAAGAACAAACAAGGGAAUUUUUGAAUGGUUAUAAUUAAUGUAAAAGAACUGAAUUUUGAAAAAAACGAAUGCCUUUGUGUGAAGUUUAGGGAAAAUUAACUUUCAUGUGAACCCCUAAGUAAAAUCCUGUUUGUAGGAUUGCCUUGUCACCAGCAAUCGUUUGGAUUAUCAUGGUCCAUACUAGUACAUAGUACAUACAGUAUACUAUAAACACAUAUUUAGGCAUUGAGGGUCUUCACUAGAUGUCUUAUGAGAUUUAUAGGUUUAUUUCGGGUGAUCUGAAGUAUGUUUACACUAGCGUAGAAGCAAUUUUUUGUGAAUGAAGAAAUGUAAGUGUUAUUUAUGUCUUACAAGAACUGUCAAAAACUGCAUCUGUUACAGUUUAAUGUCAUAUCACAAGUGUAUGAUACCAAUAUAUAAUAUUUUUGAGUUAUAUACAAAUUUAGCCCAUGCAUGUGCUUAAGUUAAGUUGCAAAUAUGGCCAAGUCAAAAGAGCUCGCACAAAAGCUAUAGAGAAGAAAAUGUUUUAUUACAUUUGGCUACAAGAAGAUUUCCAAGUCACUAAAAGAUGCUUCCUAGAGAUGCAGCUGGUAGCCUUAUUCAUAAGUUUCAAAUGUGUUGUACUAGAAAAACUUUGAGGGCAUUAAAGAAAAAGCACAGUAUCAUCAAGGGGAAUAAAAUGUUCGAUCAGAUCGAAAACACUUGAUUUACUGCCAAAGACUUGCAAGAAAACCAGAUGAAAGGAGGAAAAAACAUUUAAAUGGAGAGUAUAAGAAGAACACUAGACAAGCAUGGCCUUCAUGUUGGGACACCUUACUGCUUUCUGUUACAGGAAUGGAAAUCUUGACUGUAUGAAGGACAUCAUGGAUUCUUUGAAGUAUCCGACUGUUUUGGCAAAGAUUGUGAUGCCUUCGGUGCAGAGACUGAAGCUUGAUGAUCGAUGGACUUUCUAGCAGGGUAAACAUCCUUAAGUAUACAUCCAAAUCUACUGAAGCUUGGUUCAGUUGUAGAAUGUUCUUGAGUGUUCAAUCUCUAGAUUUAAAUCUCAUUCAAAUAUUUGGUGGAAUUUGAAGAAAGCAGUGGCAACGUGAAAAAAGUCUAUCAGUGAUCUGGAAGCUUUUGCACAUGGGUGAAGAUUUCAGUAGAGAGGUGUCAGAAGCUUGUGUGCACUUAGAGGCAACAUUUAUUAGAGGUUAUAAAGAAUAAAAGGUUCUCUGCAAAAUUUGACUUUUGGGGUAUUGAAUAAUUUAGAUUUUUUUUCAUCAACUUCACAUUAUCAGAAUCACUCAAAUGUGUAUUAAUAAACUUUCUAAAAUAGUUUACUGAUGCCUUGGUUAAACUGUUUUCAUAAAAUGUUGUUCACGGCAGCAGAAUGUUUUGCAGGUCAAGGGGGUUGAAUCAUUUUGAUUGCAAGUGUAUAUGGUUAUUUUUC